UUAAGAAACAGAGCACACAUUCGAAAACUACCUGAAAAUUCACUCUCCCCCAAAAUCAAAUGGGCUGCGUUUCCUCAAAACUGGUAGCUAAAGAAAUCCAGCAGGAAAAAAGAUCACGCCGAAAUGCCGAUUACGCCCACCACGUCGUUUCCCUCACUUCAACUACCUACGGCGCUCUCUCACUAGACAAAGCAAAGGUUCGAAUUCCUCCGCCGCCGCAGGAGCAUGUAGAAUCGGAAGCGAGCAGCAAAGAAUGCGGGGCCAGGAAAUCGUCAUCGUCAUCGUCAUCGUCACCGUACCGCGAAGAGCCGGCGGAGAUCAUCAACGCGUGGGAGCUGAUGGAAGGUCUGGAGGAGGAAAUCGCCAUCGUCGUGCAAUCCAAAAGAAGCCCCAAAUCGAAGCUCUUCUUGCGCGGAUUUUCUGAAAAGGAUCCUAUGAGUCCUCUCAAGUUCCUGAAUCAGAUGACUUCUCCGAGGAAGGCGAAGAAGGUCACCGGAAAGGAGAAUAAGGGGAGAGUUAGCGGAAUUAGGUCAUCGGAAAAUAGCCCUAAACCGAUUUUGAAAGAGAGUAACAAUAAUAAUAGUGUGAAAAAGCCAUCUCCAAAAUUGUGGGCCUCUAUCAAAGGAAAUCCAAAAUGCGAUAGCUCGAGAUUCGAUUCGGGAAUUGUUACAUCGAGGAGGAGAAGCCUAGGCCCGUUGUUCGAUCCCGACCUCGUGGCUUCGCUAGAGAAGGAGGUGUCGGAGGAGGAGGAGGAGAUCAAGAAGAUGGUCUCAUCAACUAAUGUAAUAAAAUCCCAAAACUCAGACACAUUCCUCGAAUCAUACAAGAAAAAAUGCCCCCCGGGGGGAGAGAACGCGGUGGUGAUAUACACAACAACGUUGAGAGGAAUCAGGAAGACCUUCGAGGAUUGCAAUGUGGCGAGAUCGAUAAUCGAGUCGCAGCAUGUGGAGGUGUUGGAGCGCGAUGUGUCGAUGCAUUCGGCGUUUAAGGAGGAGCUGAGGGUGCUGAUGGGGAGCAAGGAGGUGAGGGUGCCGCUCGUGUUCGUGAAGGGGAGGCUGAUCGGUGGGGCGGAGGAGAUGGUGAGGUUGGAUGAGGAGGGCAAAUUGGGGAUUUUGCUCCAUGGGAUCCCGGAGGCGGCCGCCGCCGGGUGCUGGCGGUGCGGCGGCGUGAGGUUCGUGAUGUGCGUGGAGUGCAGUGGGAGCUGUAGGGUUGUGGGUGAGGAUGGGAGGAAGAGUGUCAAGUGUGGCUACUGCAAUGAGAAUGGCCUCAUUCAGUGCCCCAAAUGUUGCUCAAUUCUCUAACUUAGUAAGUCAUCUCACUUGCAUUUUUUAUUUUUUUUUAAGAUUAUGGAUUAAUUUGCAAGCCCUCUUUGUGAUCUAUGACUAUGGGGUUUUGAUUUUGCAUUCUAAAUGUAUUUAGAUUUGUAUUGUUGCUUGAUAGUAUGAUUGUGUUUUGGUUGAGAAA